GUUGUAGUUCUUUUUUUUAGAGGGGUGCGGAGGAAAAGCCUUUUCAUGAAGCGAUCUCCUUGAAGGAGGGAGCUCCUCGGCUAGUGCUCUUCUGUCCCUUCCCUUGGUAGCCAUGCUCUUCUCGUUUAAAGACCGGUCAUAUACUUGGACAAGGCACUUCUCUCGGAGCCGCACAGGAUGAGCAGUCUCCUCUAAGAGCCCCGAAUCCUAGCAGAGGAUGAGCAGCUAGCCGGUGUCCAGCCAGGGCCAGCGGCUGCUCGCUGCCUUUCUGCUCCAAGAAGAGGGAGUCCAGUCAUUCCAAAGUCACGUAUUAGGUGCCUGCUGUGUGCCGGGGGUGCCAGGCUCUGGGGAUGCCAAGAAGAAGAAAGAGCAGUCCCCGCCCUCUAAGAGCUCCAGAGGGAGACAACGCGAAAACGGCCCCUUGUAUAAGAUAUUCGUAGGGAGCAAAUGAAUUGGAAUCAGAUAGACCCGAGUUCGAAUCCUGCCUCUGGACGCCUGAUCAGCUGGACGAUCUAGAGAGGUCCCUCGGCACUUCUGCAUGCUUCUCGUCUCCAAAAACGAGGGUGAUAACAGCACCCGCUGCUGUUGUGAAGUUGAGAGAAUAUUUGUAAGGCACUUUAGCCUUUGAAGUGUUGUUUAAAUGGCAGAUAAUAUUAUUAAGAGGAAGGUAGUAUUAGUAGGAAGACUGUAUAAGGUGGGACUUGAGUGAGUCUUUGAUGGAAGGCAGAAGAAGAAGGGGGAGGCUACUGAAAAAAGGCUUGGUGAGAAUGAACAACAAGAAGGCUGCUGUCAGUUGUACAGCACCCCAGGGGAGUAAAGUACAAGAAGAGGGGAAAGAUUGAAAGGACCCAGUUUGUGAAAGGCUUUAAAAGCUGAAGAAAAGGAAGAUAAGGGCGCUGGAGGAGAGAAGAGAACACUGGAGAGAAUGGAACUGGGGUGGAUGAGGUAGACUGGAAUAGAAAACGAUAAAUGGGCUGAAAGUGGACUGGAAAGCUGUAUAAAGAGGAUAAGGAAGUUGGGACUGGUCAAUCUGGAAUCCCCCGAUGUGAGGGCAAGAAGAGAGAUGCUGGACACAAUCUCUUCUUGUAUUUCCAUUGCUUCUCCAGGGCCCAGCAAGGGCUAUGUUCAGAGGAACAGGUCUUCACACAAGAUGUCCCUCUGCCCGAAACCAUCCUUUCUUUCCUCACUUUUGAGUGGAUAGAGUGGGGAACUUACCGGGAAGACCCACAUUAAAUAUUGCCUCAGAUACCAGCUGGGGGAUCCCAGGUGAAUCACUAAACCUACCUAUGUCUCAGUUUUCUCACCUCUCAAAUGACGGAGUUGAAGUUGGGUGCAAGUGACUGUGCUGAGCACCAGGGAUAGAAAUAUCCUUGUAUUUCUUAUAUUCUUAUAUUCUAAAGACUCAUAAAAGGGGAGAGUCCUCAAGCUGGGGAUUCCCUUUCAUGUACCUAUAUUUCAACUACAUGGGAGUAGUUGCUGUUCCCAGAACUUGAUAUUCUACAUCACAUCUCCGUGGAAGGAGUACAUUCCAGAUAUGCAGAAUGAGCUGUUCAAAGAAAAAGAGAUUUGGCACUCUGAUUUGGGAGAAGUGGUACCGGAAGGGAAGGACCCAGAGACUACACAGGCUGAACAGGAAAAUACAGAUGGCACAGAAGAAGCCCAGGAGAAUGGACAGCCCAUUGUGGCUGACUUCCUUACAGAGGAAAGGAGCAGGCUACAUGAAACAAUGUCACUCUUGGGACUGGAGACUUACUGCAACAGGAAACUCAGCCUCCAGGAUGCCCGGCAGAUCAGUUUUGACAGUAUGAAGAACUGGGCACCCCAGGUGCCCACUGAUUUGCCUUGGAGCUUCCUCAGAAAGCUCUUGGCUCUCAACUCGGAAGUCCGCAACACUACUUUGUUAUCGGACUUGCCCCAGGAUGACAGGACAGGUGAGAAAGAAACACAAGUAGAUGAGCAGGAGAUAUACUGGGGUACCUCCGAGGACAUUUAUUCCCUCACCGAACUGGUGACGACCCCGGACGUGCCCCUGAAUCCCUUGGACCUCCUCUGUGCGCUUCUCCUUUGCUCGGACAGUUUCCUGCAGCAGGAGUUGCUGGUCAAGAUGUCUCUUUGCCAGUUUGCCCUCCCCGUCGUCUUGCCGGACUCAGAGACCCAAAACCACACCUUCCUGCUGUGGGCCCUGCGGGGUGUGAUGAGGACGUGGUGGUGGCAGUCCCCGGGGGGGCCCAGGACUUGGAGAGAGGAGAGUCUGGUGCUCACGAGGGUGCCGAUCAUCUCCUUUGCACGCAUGGACAUCAGUAGCCACUCCAAGUCCCACCUCCUCAAUGCCGUCAUGAGCCCCAGUCACCACCAGCCCCAUGACUAUUUCUGCCACCGGGAGAUGCCGUCGGCGGCCAAUGCUCGGGAGAUUGCAGACGGCUUGGUCGAGAUGUCCUGGUACUCCCCGGGCAGCAGCAGCAAAGAGAACCUGGAUGUCUUCCCGGAGCCCGUCGCCUUCGCCAAUCUGAGGGGUGAGAUCGGAAGUCACUGGCAGCAGUUCAAGCUUUUGACGGAGACAUCGGCGGCCGUUUUCAUUUUAACCGACAACAUCGGCCAGAAGGAGUACGAGCUGCUCUGCUCCCUGAGUGGGUCCACCACUCGCUAUUACCUCAUCCUGAGCCCCUACCGUGGCAAACGCAACGCCAACCUGAGGUUCCUGAACAAGCUGGUGUCGGUCCUUCAGAUCGACUACUCUCACGUCCUGGUGAAGGUCAGCAGCACGGACAGCAAGCGCCUCGUCAAGCGGCUCCAGGCCAUUGUGGUGAAUGUCAUCAAGUCGGCGAGCAGGAAGGUGUCCCUGGAGGACAUGGCGGAAACGGCUCGGACCCUGGGCCUAAAAGUGGAUGAGGAUUGCGAAGAGUGUCAGAAGGCGCGCGAGCGGGUGGAAAAGAUCACCCAGGAUAUCCAGGACGUGGAGCUGUACAAGAGGGAGAAGCUCCGGUUACAGGGGGACCCUUGGAGAAGCAUCGCCCAGGUGGAGAAGGAGCUCUGCCGGCUACAGCGGGCUGGCGACUCUUCUCCGGAGAAAUACAAGUCGGAGCUCCGGCAGCGGCUGCUGGCCCUGAGGAUGCACCAAAACCGCUAUGAGCUGGGCGGGGGCAUGCAGGAAUUCAUUAAGGGAAUCGCCAACCCCUCCCUGGUGGAGAAGCAAUACUUCCUGGGCUGGAUGAAACUGAAGCUGGAAGAGAUGGCAAGGCAGGGCCGGCGGCAGCCCCCAGAGGCCCUGGCACCCCUGGGACCCAAACACAGUCGGCCGGCAGAGCUCAGCGAGCAGCUCUGGCCCACUUCCUUGGGGGUGGAGCACUUCUUGAGGGAGAUGGGGCAGUUUUACGAAGCCGAGUGCUACCUUGUGGAGGCGGGGAAGAUGGCGGAGAGCCAGAAGCGGUUCACCCACUUUGUGGGCCUGGCCUCAGAGCUGGUCUUGAGUGGCUUUCCUCUGGAGCUGAUGGAUCGAGGCACCUGCUGCGUUCCCUUGCGGUGGGUGACAGGCAUCCUGAGGGAGCUUCACGCCCGGCUGGAGGGCAGACCCCGACUGCUGGUGCUCUCUGUGCUGGGAGCAGAGGGCACGGGGAAAUCCACUCUGCUCAACACCAUGUUUGGGCUCCAGUUUGCCACCAGCAGGAGCUACAAACCCCACGGCACUUUCAUGCAGCUCAUUUCGGUGACAGAGGACUUCCGCCAGGACCUGGGCUGUGACUUCAUUCUGGUGAUUGAUUCCGGGGGGUUGACGGGUGGGGCCGUGGCCGCCAGGGGGGAGAGGUAUGAGCUGGAGGUGUCCCUGGCCACUCUGGCCAUGGGGCUCAGCAACAUCACCGUGGUCAGCAUGGCUGAAACCAAGGACACCCCUCUCGCUGCCCUCCAUGCCUUUCUGAAGCUCGAAAAAUUGGGGCACGUCCCCAACUGUCAACUUGUGUCCCAGGACCUCAGUGACGGGCCAGUCCCCAGACCCAACCCGAGAGACCGGAAGCAGCUGCUGGAACAACUGAACGACCUGAGCAAAGCCGUAGCUGAGAUGGAGAAGCAGGACGAGGAGCGGGCCCUCUCGGACACAGUCUUGUGCGACCCUGAGAAGCACAUCUGGCACAUCCCUCGCUUGUGGCAUGGCAUGCCCCCCAUGGCCCCCGUGAGCUUGGGCUAUUGUGAAGCCGUCUUCGAGUUAAAGAGAUGCCUCCUAGAGAACAUCAGAAAUGGGGUGUGUCAUCAGCACAGGGACAUCGUACACCUGGUGGAGCUGGUGGGGCGGCUGUGAAGGCAGAGACCCCUGGAAGUGAGGGCUACUGACCAACCUGCUGGGAGGGACCUCUCCUCAAGGGUAACAAAGAAUGAAGCUCGCCGUCCUGGAGAGACUUCCUGGAGAAAGAGCAGCUGCCGCCUGAGCUUGCUGGAGGACAAAGACUCGGGGAAAGAACAGAUCAGAAAGUUUGCAUCCUCCUAGGACGACCCGGUCCAGAGAACAAAGCUUCCAACCAACCAGCCAGUGCACGGAUGAGCACAGAGAGUGAGCGAGCAUCUUUAUCAGGAACACGGAACACCUCCAACGUCACUGACCUGAGGACCCCGAAUGCCCCGGGAAGGAAACACCCAAGCAGCGAUUUUCUUCUCUGGCGCAGGACCACAAGUAUGCCAUUCGAGGCUGCUCCCAGGUUGGCAGACACUUCCUAAUGUUCAGCCCCUCCAUACCGUCUCCUAGUGAAAUGAUGUGGGGCUCACCCUGGACAGCCCUGCCUGUCCUAGAUGACUUUGAGUGCCCAGGACGGGGUGGGGAGGGGAGAAGGAAUUGUGCACAGAGAGCCCGGUGUGUCCCCCCUCCUCAGGGGAAGGUCAUUCUCUUGUCCGGGCAAGGGGUUCAACAUGAAUGUUGCCUGUGGCUAGAGUGAACGGGAUUGCCACUUUGCUGACACUGGCAUUUCUGCCAAGGGCCCACGGGGUACAAAGCACUUUAUUUAUUGACUUCUCUGCUAAUAAGGAGUGAUAACAGGCGGGUUCUUAUUGUUUGUGCCUUAAUUUUUCUAUCUCCUAAAUGAGGCCCUGAAUGCCCAGCUGAUGUGUUCUGAGGAUGAAUGAGAGUGUGUCUGUAAACUUGGAAUACCUCAGAAAGUCACCAUAAAAAUGUCACACCUCAUUGCUUUCUCGAUAGCCAGGAGUCAUUCUUUCCUCCAGGACGUCUGUGGGACACUUGUGCUGUGCCCAGGGUUGGAAUGACCGGAGGGUGCUUUGAGUGGCUCCGAACACUGGAGAAAGAGGAAAUAAGACAAAAAUACCGAGACAUCUUGGGCAAACUCCCAAGGCACGGGUACAGUUCCGUUAAUGUUUGUAAAAGGGACUCAUCAGAGGAUAAAGGAAAUACUUUUCCACUUGAUUCAACACAAGCAUUAAGUUCAGACUCUGUCUCUUUAAGUACCUAAAUCUAUUAUCCUGUAUGCACAGAAAAAGAUAGCAUGGCCAAGGAGCUCUAACCUUGGAUUCAGGAAUGAACGAACGAACGAAUGAAUGAAUGAAUGAAUGAAUGAAUGAAAAAGCCCUUUUAAAACCCAAGAGUUCAAGAACAGAGUGAAUGGUCAAGAAGGUACCUCCUCUCAGGAGCUCCCAAGCUGGGUCCAGGUCCUACCUCUCAUUUGAACUGGCUUUUUGUGAUCCUGAGUAAAUCACCUAAUAUCUCAGUGUCCCUACUUGUAUUUAAGAAUUUAAGUGAUCUGUCUGCAUUGGUGAAUCAAACAUGUUUCAUCAAAGGUUAAAUGCCUACUAUGCGCCAGGUAUUGUGCUGAAGAUACAAAAACAAAAAACAAAGCAAUCCCUUUCCAUCAAA